AUGGUGGGACUCAGUUUCAAUAUUUUACUCUUUUUGAGAAAAAAAAAACCACUUCUGUGACAGAUAAAUCGCUAAAGACAUACAAGACUCCAAUCGCAAUUUGCAUGCAAAAUGAUUCAACUAAUUAAAAAUUCUCAUUAUUCUGUUCAAUAACAAGGCUGAAACGUGUUCAAUAAAAAAAUCAUUCAAUGAAAAAUGUUUGAAGACGACGAUUUUUCUGGUUUCCAGAUGUCUGGUCCUUUUCAAUUUCACUUUCGAUCGGCGCAUGUGGCUUAUCAACUCAUUGAAAAUUGUAAAAUAUAUUUACCUGAUGAUCAGAACAGAAUGAUUAAUUUUCGUGUUUUUGUCUCAGUACAAACGUCUAGAAUUCCUGACCCAAAAUUCUUCAUUUUCCACACGCAAUAAAUCUAACAGUUGAUCUGUGGACCUUCAACGUAUUUUUACAGAUUGGCAGCGUUGGCUUGAUUGGCUUCGGUAUAAUGAGCCUAGUGGAGUUGACUUUCACGACCUCGAUCAUCGGAAGCAAUGAUGUUUUGUACACGUCUGCUCUUACCGUGAUUAUUGGAAUUUUAACAUUUGUAUUCACUCCUGUAGGCCUUUAUUCGAUUGUUCUGGACGACUCGAAAAUGAUGACCCUGGUAAGUCAGUCAGUUAAAGUCAGCUUUACAUCAUAAAAAACUAUUGUAACUCAAACAAAAAAUUUAGACAAAUAUCAUUUUUUUAGAUGAAAUUAAUGUAACAAAUUCAUCAGAAAAUUGUGGCUUAUGUUUUUCGUAUUUCUCUCUAAUAAAGCCGCAAAAAAUGGUCAAAAUAGUUUUAUCCGGCCAGAAUAAAAAAAAAAUCUGUAAGAUAAUGUUUAGUACAUAUUUUUUUCACGCUUUUUCAAUUGCGGUCUCUGCGUUGCCAGUGCCAGUCUUGCCUACGGUGUAAGCUUGAAAGUAAGUCGAGUUACUGACAUUAGUUACAAUAUUCCCCGAUAAACAGCUGAACGAUGAAACUCUCACCAAAUGGCUCACUAGCUCGGCAGUAGAAGAGUACGGAAACCCCUCAGCUCCGAGUGUCACUGCUUCAUGGGACAAAAUGCAACAACAGGUCUUUAAUGGUUCUGUCUAAGGCCUAUUGCACCCGAAGACGUCUAAUUAGGAUAUCAUGAUUUUCGUGUUUCACAGCUUGGCUUUAUUUUAUCAAGGUCGGUAAAUUCAUUCUGACAAAUUUCAACUGAAACCGCCUAUUCUGCAAUUUUAUACGAAUACUAAUGUACCUACAGUUUCCGUUUUUGAGAGCAUUUUCAAAUAGAAUAUUUGAUCAACUUUUUUUUUCUGUUCAAAUUUAAUAUCACAACUCAGAUGGUUUGUUGUGGAGUUCAUUCUGCAGAAAUGUGGAUAGACAGCAAGUGGUUCUCUUCUCAAGACAGGUUUCUAUCGGAAUGGAACUUAUUGAAAAAUCGAGUUUACAGGUAUCCCCGAAGAAGAUUUCCAGAGAGCUGUUGUGCAUCUUGCGCUCGGAUGCACGAAAGGUUCGAAAAGUUUCUAAAUAAAUUUUGAGUGCUUUUUUUUCAGGUACUGUUCUGCUUUUUUUCUGAGUGAGCCUUCUGAGAACGAAAAGCUGACCACGGAACAAAAAAUUUGUUUGCGAGGUAACUCAGAGAAAAUGAUGACACUGAGAUGUCCUAUUAAUCUUUUUUUUUGCGUAUGUUUUAACUAUUUUUUAUCUUGCGGAGAAUUCAUAGAAAAAUUUCUCAAUUUAGUCUUGAAACUUUUCCAAUUCAAAUGUUUUUCAGCCAGCGAAAAGUGUUCUUCUGCCGAUGAAACAAAAGCAAAUUUGGAAGUUUGUCUUGGGAAUUCGCUGGACUUUGUGAUUCCAUCGUCAGCUUUCCGACAUACAAAUGUUCGAUUUUUGAAAGAUUUUGUUAAAUUGUUAGAUUUUAGGGUUGCCUUCCUGUUUUAA